CUCCCGACGACCAACAGCCACUUUCUGUGGCGGAGUCGAUUCAGUUGCGGAGUUGAUUCAGUGGCUGCGGCAGCUGAGAGCAACGCAUUCUUCGAAUUUGAGUUGAGUUUUGAAUGACUUGUUAAAGAGAUUUGCAUCUUUUUGUAUGAUUGGUUAAAAAUGGUCGACGUUUCCGUAGUUGGAACCGUUGCCCAGAAAUUGGGGGAAUCGACCAGACUUAAGUUAAGUUAUUUGUGCAAUUACAAUAGCAACUUUGAGGAACUCAAGAAAGAAGUUGAUAGGCUGAGGGAUGUCAGAGCCAAUUUAUUGAGUACAAUUGAGAGAGCUCAAAGUCGAGGGGAACAGAUAGAAAGGGAUGUUGAGAGGUGGCUGAAGAAUGUUGAAGAGUUCAUCCAUGAUGCAACGAUGAUUAUUGAAGACUUUGAGCGGAGAGCAGAGAAUCGAUGUUGCAAGGGGCUGUGUCCUGAUUUGACAACCCGCUAUCGGCUUAACAAGAAAGCAGUGAAGGAGCUGAAGGCUGUUAGUGGACUCUUGAAAGACAGAAACUUUGAUAGAGUUUCGUAUGGUAUCUUUCAACGGGACAUAUGGUCUAGAUAUUCUAAGGAUUACGAGACCUUUGAGUCAAGAAUGUCCAUUUUUAAUGAUAUAUACAAUGCAUUAAGCAAUGAUGAUAUCAACAUUAUUGGAGUGUACGGGAUGGCGGGCAUUGGCAAGACUACACUGGUGAAGCAAGUUGCCUGGCAAACCAAGGAAGACAAGUUGUUUGAUGAAGUGGUUAUGGCAUGGGUAAACCCAACUCCAGACAUAAGAAGGAUCCAAGGAGACAUUGCAGAUCAUCUGGGUCUGAAAUUCCACGAGGAGAAUGAAUUUGGAAGAGCAAGGAGGCUACGUGAUCGAUUGAAUCAAGAGAACAGGAUCCUUUUAAUUUUUGAUGAUAUGUGGGCAAGCCUUGAUUUGGAGAGAGUUGGAAUUCCUUUAGGAGAUGAUCACCGCGGAUGUAAAGUUUUGCUGACGUCAAGAAUUCAUGAUAUAUCAGGCAAGAUGGGUUCUCAAUGUAAUUUCUUGGUUGGUGUUUUGAAGGAAGAAGAAAGUUUUAGUCUGUUUAAGAAAAUAGUAGGUGAUACGAUUGAAAACCUUGAGUUCCAAUCCUUAGCAAUUGAAUUCGUCAAGGCAUGUGGAGGUCUGCCUAUUGCCAUUGUUACAAUUGCGAAGGCAUUAAGAGGCAAGAGUGUAUUUGAAUGGAGGGAAGCAUUCCAGAAUUUGAGAAGUCCUUCAUCAAGAAAAUUCACUGGAAUGCUUGAGGACGUUUGUUCAACUAUAGAGUUGAGUUACCGUCAUUUAGAAGAUGAGGAACUCAAGUCAACAUUUUUGCUUUGUGGUCUAAUAAAUUAUACUGAUGAAGCUCCUGUUAUGGACUUGUUGAAAUAUGGAACGGGUUUGGGUUUAUUUAAAGGCAUCAGUACUCUAGAAGAAACACGAGAUAAAGUAUAUUCAUUGGUCCAUGAACUCAAAAGCUCUUGUUUACUGCUUGAUGGUCGUAACCGUGAAUGGUUUUCUAUGCAUGCUGUUGUUCGUCAUGUUGCCUUAUCAAUUGCAUCUAGAGGUCAACAUGUGUUUGCACUGAGAAAUGAGGCUACUCCAAAGGAUUGCCUAAAUAGGGAUACAGUAAAAAGUUGCAAUACAAUCUGCAUUCAUGAUGGUGACAUUAGUGAGCUUCCUGAAGGAUUGGAAUAUCCAGAACUUGAAUUUGUCUGUAUGAAUGUGAAGGAUUCUAUUUUCAAAAUCCCUGACAAUUUUUUUACAGGAAUGACAAAACUUAGUGUUUUAAGUUUGACCAAAGUGCAUUUAGUGCCACUACCUUCCUCGCUUCAUCUCUUAAUAAACCUUCGGACACUUUGUUUCAAUCAAUGCGUACUGGGAGACUUGGCUGGUAUUGGAGACCUGAAGAAACUAGAAAUUCUUAGUUUUGUCUGUUUGGAUAUUGACCACUUGCCUAGAGAAAUAGGUCAAUUAACGAAGUUAAGGUUGUUAGAUUUGAGCAAUUGCUCUAAACUAAAGGCUAUAUCAUCCAAUGUUAUAUCUAGUUUAUCAGGAUUAGAAGAAUUGUAUAUGGGUAAUAGCUUUGUUGAAUGGGUGUUUGAAGGACUCAACAAUGACAGAAACGCUAGCCUUCAAGAGUUGAAGUAUUUGUCUUCACUAACCACUUUAGAACUUCAUAUUCAAGAUGCCAGGAUACUACCAGUGGGCUUGUUCCCCAAAAAGCUGAAAAGGUACAAAAUAUUCAUAGGAGAUGAAUGGGACUGGUAUGAUAAGUAUGAGUACAAAAGAACUUUGAAGCUCAAGCUUAAUACCAACAUUGGCCUGGAGAAUGAGAUUAUCAUGCAGUUGAAGGAAAUCGAAGAACUUUAUCUGGAUGAAGUGCAAGGUGUCAAGAAUGUACUUUAUGAUCUGGACGCAGGUGGUUUUCCAAAAUUGAAGCAUCUCUCUGUACAAAAUAAUCCCUACAUUUGGCGUAUAGUUGACUCAGUGGAGUGGCUACCUUGUGAUGCCUUCCCACUCUUGGAGUCCUUGUUUCUUCGUAGUUUGAUUAACUUGGAGAAGAUAUGUCAUGGUGAACUCACAGCAACAUCUUUCUUUAAUGUAAGGAUGAUAAAAGUGAGAAACUGUGAUAAAUUAAGAGAUUUCUUGUCAAUCUCUGUUCUUAAAGGCCUUCCGAAACUUCACACAUUUGAGUUGAUUAAAUGCAAGAAUAUGGAAGAGAUAUUCACAACUGAAAGUGAAGGUGAUGUCAACUAUAGUGAAGUGAUUGAUGAGAUUGACUUUUAUCAAUUACGCUUCUUGACUCUAAAAUUUCUUCCACGGCUCACAAGCUUCUACCAUGAAGUGAAGACAUAUUCUGCGGUACAAAAUACACACAAGGAAUUGACAACUAAUAAAUUAUCCGAUAAAGUCAUUUUGGAGGAUGGCCUUGAUACUCCCAUGCCCUUUUUUAGCAGGAAGGUUCUGUUCCCUAACUUGGAGGCCUUGGAACUUUGUGCAAUUAAUUGUGAAAAGAUUUGGCCUAACCAAUCUGCAGCACUGUCUCCUUUUCAAAAUUUAACAAGCUUGAUUGUGCGAGGCUGUGAUAAACUAAAACAUCUUUUUUCAUCUUCUUUAGCCAGAAGUUUUGUCCAGCUCCAACACCUUGAGAUAUAUAAAUGCAGGGUUCUGCAGGACAUUGUUACACAGGAAGACAAAGCAGAGGUAACGACUACAUUUGUCUUUCCACGAGUAACCUUUCUGAAACUCUGGGACCUACCAGAACUUAGAACUUUCUACCCUGGGAGACAUACUUCAGAAUGGCCAUUGUUAAAAAGGUUGGAGUUAAGUGGUUGUGACAAAGUAAAUAUAUUCAUGUCUGAGUCUUUUAGCUUCCAGGAAAUUAAUGAGGCCCUGCUGAAUAUCCCUGUGCAAGAAGCCCUCUUCUUGGUGGAAAAGGUUGUUACCAACUUGGAGGAAUUGAAAUUAAGUGGCAAAGACAUUACAAAGAUAUUCCAGGGCCAAUUUCCAGACCACCUUUUUCACAAUCUUAAAAUGCUUGAGGUCGUGAAUGAUAAGUCUGAAAUUUUUCCACUUGGUUUCCUUGAGAUAUUUCGCAAUCUGGAAAAGCUUGAAGUAAGAUCAAGUUCAUAUAAAGAGAUAUUCUCUAAUGGAAACAUCAUGAAAUAUGCCCCAAUGCUUGAAUGCAUCAAAAGUUUGAAGUUGUGGAAACUUCCUGAUCUGAAGUACAUGUGGAGACAAGAAUCUGAAAUGGAUUCUAUUCUUCAAAAUCUUGAGAUUCUAGAAGUAUGGUGGUGUGAUGAUUUGAUUAAUCUGGUGCCAUCCUCAGUUUCUUUCCAAAAUCUUACAAUUUUGGAGUUAUGGUAUUGCAGAGGAUUAAAAACCCUUCUAGCACCAUCCACAGCCAAAAGUCUUGUGAGACUCGAAAAAAUAAAUGUAGAAGGAUGUGAAAUGAUGACAGAAAUAAUAGCAAGUGAGGUAGAUGUGGCAGAAAAUGAGAUUAUUUUCAGAAAACUGGAGUUUUUGUCACUUGAAAAUUUAGAAAGUCUCACAAGUUUCUGUUCUGGCAAUAGCACCUUCAAAUUCCCAUCUUUGGAAGAUUUAUUUGUGAUAGACUGUCCCAAGAUGAAGAUUUUCUCUACAGGAGUCUUACAGACACCAAGUUUAAAUAAAGUUCGACAAAACCGGGGAGUAGAUGAAGGGUUUUGGCAAGGUGACCUUAAUGCAACCAUAAAAUGGCUAAGCAAAGAAAAGAAUGUCCAGAGUUUUGAGGAAGAUUGUGAUCAUCCUGUUAUGCAUCAUUUGGAGUAAGGCCAUUUCGCUAUUUGAUUUAUGAGGUAGUGCCACAAUUUUCUUUUGUUCAACUUAUGCAACCCUUUGGCUUGGCUCUAAUUUGGAUAUGGAGUCCACAUUUGCAAACACUGAGCUUUACACUCAGACAUGUUGAAGAAAGAUAGAACCUGAUAGAUGUAGAAACCCGGUGAAAGAUUCCUACUUGUCAAUGCCACUGAGAUACAAUUAUUUUCUGAGCAAGACUAGCAGAAGUCUAUAAAGAAACAACAUUAUAAAGAAUCUUACUGCCAGAAGCCUUGGAGUGCAAAAUUUCAGCUAGCCAUGAUAAUCAGGUGCUGUAAUUGAAAGAUGAUGAAAUUAUUGUUUACUGUAUUUCAACUCAGAACAAUGCACCACAGUGAGACUCCUGAAUUUGGCAAAUUUUGUGUAAUUUCCUGUCCAGUUUUUGAGCAUUAAGUACUGCUUGAAAGAUGGUGAAAGGGCCUUCGAUUUAUUGUUCUACUUAAAUGUAAUGAUCCCAUUCCCAUCUACCAUAUUCAUGGGCUCCCGAAACACAAUUUAAGUACCAUUUCCUGCAUUUAUU